CCGGAGUGGAAUUCUCGUGCGCGUUAUUCAGUUUUGUUUUCUGCUUUAGUUCCCAUUAACGUAAAACUUAUCAGUUGCGCUCGGAAUUCGAAACGGAAAAGAACUUUUUCAACUUGAAAUUCGAAAAGUUUUCCGUUGUUGUAAAAUCAACCCACAGUGAACUUUUUAUUUUUAUGUAGGUUUUACGUAACAAGCGUUGUUUAAAAAAUUAUCUACAUGGUGUGUUUAUGCAAUAUGAAACAAUUUUUAACUUUUUUCUUAUUUUGUCUUUACUUUAAUAAUUAUUGUGUGUGAUGGUGUAAUAAUGUUUUAAACUUUUUUUCCUUUUUUUUUUUUGGAUUAUAUUAUAAAGUACUUUUAUAAUAAUAUUUAAUUGUGGAGCUUAUAACUUAUGGAAAUACAGGACGUCCGUUGCAAGUGGAAAGAGAGGAAAAACAUUACAAAAGUUACAGAGGAUUGAGAAAAUUAGGCAUUGCAGAUUUCGACAAAAGAAGAAUCCAUUUUAGAAUGAAACAAGAGCUGAUUGCCAAUGAGAAUAUACCGGUGUAUAUGUAUAUUUAAGUCCAAUAAGUAUUGUUAAUCUGGUAAAUUGAAGCUUCCAAAACGGCUCUACCGGAAUUAAGCCAUAGAAAAACCAUAAAGAAAAUCCAGUUGUCCUUGUUCAGGACAUCGAAACGGACAGAGACAAAAUCGAGAAUUUUCCAUCAACAACCCAAGUCCGCAUCGUCUUCGUCUUCGGUCAGUUCGGGUGGCGUCAUCGGUAAAGCUUCGGGGGUGGCGGUGACUUUGAAAGAGUGGUGGCGUGAUGUGGGGCUCUGCCCCAGCCGCCCCGCCACUGCCUCGACGGUAGGCUCGAGCGGUGGGCGCGGUCGCAUCAGACGGGGCCCUUUACGAUCCAUGGGCCAGUCGUUUAGCAUGUGCAAAUUUAACAAUUGCAGACAUAAAAAGAGUCUUCAGCUCCGUAGCGGAGGCAGUGUCGACAGCGCAGACUCGCGGAUGCCAGUGAGCGAUGGCGUGUCUCGAAAUCAGCUCGUCGGUACCGGUACGACACAGUACGAUCCCGAAUAUGCACGAAUGGAAGCUUGGCUGGACGAACAUCCCGACUUUGCGCACGAUUAUUUUCUCAGAAAAGCUACACGUCAAGUCGUCGAUUCCUGGCUGGUAUCCCACGCGACGCCGGCAUCGUCCAGUGCCGAAUUGUCCUCGCCCACUCAUGGAAUUCCGAGCGGUUCCCGAGGUGGUUCCGGUGCGACGACACCGGUACGAAAAAUUUCUGCCCACGAAUUCGAACGGGGCGGACUACUUAAACCGAUGAUCAGCACGGUCGAUGGGCAACCCACGUUUUUAACGAGUACAACAGAGGACCCUACAGGGGAUAUGAUUUCAGCCAGUCCUACGCCGAGCCGGAGACAUAGACGGAGUCGACACGAGUUGAGGCAAUUGGACGAAAAAGAAUUGAUAUUUGAAUUGGUCAAAGACAUUUGCAAUGAACUAGAAGUCCGAUCCCUCUGCCACAAAAUCCUGCAAAACGUUUCGACCCUUUUGCACGCCGACAGGGGCUCCUUAUUCCUGGUACAAGGCGAAAGAGGCGGCGGAUGUCAAGCCCCCCAGCACCAGAACGGCGGUACCACCCUCGUAAUAAGAAACCGGUGUUUGGUUUCCAAAUUGUUCGACGUUUGUUCGCGUAGUACUUUGAUGGAAAUGGAGAAAAAGGACGAAAUCCGGAUAGCUUGGGGUACGGGAAUCGUCGGUUAUGUGGCUGAAAGUGGCGAGCCUGUUAAUAUACCUGAUGCGUAUAAGGAUGACAGGUUCAACCACGACAUUGAUACCCUUACAGGAUACAAGACAAAAACUUUGCUGUGCAUGCCUAUCAAAGAUACCAAUGGAGAUGUUAUAGGUGUGGCACAAGUAAUCAACAAAAUGGGCGACCAACCUUUUACCAAACAAGACGAAGAAGUAUUUUCCAGUUACUUGCAGUUUUGCGGCAUCGGUCUAAGAAAUGCUCAUCUCUACGAGAAAUCGCAGUUGGAAAUCAAGAGAAAUCAAGUACUUUUAGAUCUGGCCAGGAUGAUUUUCGAGGAACAAAGCACCAUUGAACAUGUGGUUUUGAGGAUAUUGACUCACACUCAAAGUUUGAUUCAGUGUCAGAGAGUCCAGAUACUUCUAGUUCAUCAAGGAUCAAAAAUUAGCUUUUCUAGAGUUUUCGAUUUUGAAGCCAGCGAUCUUAGUAGUGAGGAUGGUGAGUCUAGGACAAGUCCAUUCGAAAGUCGAUUUCCAAUCAACAUCGGUAUCACCGGUUACGUUGCAACAACAGGAGAAACUGUGAACAUAGCGCAAGCAGACGAAGACCCCAGAUUUGACCCCAGCGUAGACGAUGGUACCAACUUCAAACACAAAACCAUUAUGUGCAUGGCCAUCAAAAACUCCUCCGGCGAUAUCAUCGGCGUCAUUCAGCUGAUCAACAAAUUCAAUGAUCUCCAAUUUACCAAAAACGACGAAAACUUUGUAGAAGCUUUUGCUAUCUUUUGUGGUAUGGGCAUUCACAAUACACACAUGUAUGAGAAGGCUAUGGUUGCUAUUGCCAAACAAAAUGUUACUUUGGAUGUGUUAUCUUAUCAUGCUACUGCCAGUUUUGAGGAUGCACAAAAAUUACGGAGUUUACGGGUACCUUCUGCAGCAAAUUUCAGGCUGCACGAUUUUGCGUUUGACGAUAUCAAAAUGGUUGACGACGAAACGCUAACUGCUUGUAUUAGAAUGUUCCUUGAUCUUGAUCUAGUCGAAAGAUUUCACAUGGAUUAUGAAGUCCUGUGCCGAUGGCUGUGCUCUGUAAAGAAAAAUUACAGAAAUGUGACUUACCAUAAUUGGAGGCACGCUUUUAAUGUGGCUCAGAUGAUGUUUGCCAUUUUAACGGUAAGUAACUUAUUGAGUAAAUUAAAAAUCAUUAUUAAAUCCAGCUUCAUAGGGACUUUUUGGUCCUAG